AUGGAGCGUCCACGGUAUGCGGUCUCACGGCAAAGGUCUUGCCAGGAAUGCUCAAUCACCAAGGCUAAAUGUGACCGGCAGCCGGGAGGCUGUACGAGGUGCUGGGAACGGAACAUCCGUUGUGUGUACCCAAAGGCAACAAUCGUCAAGAAUGAAAGGACAGCACCUGCCAAUAGUGGUGGAACCGAAUCUCCGACCUCAGCAUCGACCAUGCUGAAGCCUUCAAACAUGCGCACCGUGUUGCCCUCAAGACAUUCAUCCUCGAGCUCUCCAGUCUCCUUUCACUCUCAGCAGACUGCUUCUCUUUGCCCACCUCUACUUCUACCAAGCACUGCCAAAAUGGAUACAAAUUUCUCGGCUCUGAAGCUGUCCUGCCCCAUUAAUGCGGAUGAUAUCACCGCUCGCUGGAUGAAUCCUUACAUUCCAGUGCCAGGCCAAGCCGUCAAGUCAUAUCCGCCUGCUGUCACGGCACUGAUAUCGCGAAACCUCGAGUCAUACGCGGCCAUUUCAGUCCGUGGCCGCCAUUUGGUGCCAUUCAUUCACCCUGCGCAACUCUCUGGUCUGCACGUGCACGGCGACUCGCCCCUCGUCGUAUGCUUGGGUCUGCUCCAGAGUUGGGGCGUGCCGGGUAGUGAGAAUGCGCUCAGCAGGGUGAUCUGGGACGAGAUGCGGACUAUCUGUGAUAAACGCAAUGAAUAUGAGGCGAUCGAUCUGCUGGGUGCGUUUCAAGCCUUCCUACUCUACAUGCUUGUUCUAUUCUUCCGUCUGGGCCAAACACCCGAUAACCAGCUGCGCCAAGCAAUGAUGGAUUUGCAGGCCCUCGCAACUCUGGCGGCCAAGAAGGGUCUCACGUGCAUUGCAGAUAACGAUCAUUCCUCCCCGCUGUGGGAAGAGUGGAUUGUUACUGAGGCAAAGCGUCGCACCCUUUACGUCAUGUACCUUUUCGACAGUGUUCUCUCUUCCCAAGAGAACUUGCCUACCUUCCUUGGUACGGAACUACAGGGUCUCCCUGCUCCAGCGGGUAAAUACCUCUGGCAAGCUGGAACACGGGCCGAAUGGAAGCAUCUGUAUAAUGUUCAUUUGGUGGAAUGGCCGGAGCGCUUGACGAUCGACGAGCUAUGGCCCAUUCCUGCUGAUAUGGAUGCCGCAGAGGAGAUGGAAAGGCGCAAAAGAGUCAAUCAUUGGCUCGAGGAUGUGGAUGAAUACGGAGCCAUGCUUUAUGCAGUCACGAGCAUUACCCACGGCGUCUAA